AUGCCUCGCGUUUCUAAAAAGGCGCAGCAAGCUCAGGCCGAGAAGCUGCAGCAGCAACAGCAGCAGCAGCCUAUGCCCGCCAAUGUCGCGCCUCAGCCAGUGCCUCAGCAGAUGAUGCCCAAUCCUAACCAGAUGGCGCACCAAGGCAACAUGCAGCAACAAUAUCACCAUCCUCAGCAACACCAGCAGCUUCCGCAGCACCAGCAGUUCAUGCCCAUGCAGAUGCAGCCUCAGCAGCCCCAACAGCAGCUGCCUCCAAUGGGCGUACCAAUCCAGCAACAACCUCAGCAACAUCAGCAGCAAUUCCAGCAGCCACCGCAACAGCAGCCCGUGCAAGCCGGGCGUGCCCAGGUCAUUGAUGCUGACAACUUCCGCAAAGUGCGCGACUCCGCCGUCACCCGCAUGUCCACGAUGAUUGAACUUCUCCGCAAGUUCACUGCGGACUACAAGUAUCAGACAGAUCUGCUCUUGGGCGACAACCCCACCGAGCUUCCCCAUCCUGAUCUGUUUGCCAACCUUGACUCCGCCGCUGCGCAGCUUCUUGCUGGCGUGAACCCAGUACUCGACUUGGGGGCUCCCGUCGAGGAGAAGAAGGAGCGCAAGAAGCGAAGCCAUGACCCCAACGCCCCCAAGCGUCCGCUGACUCCGUACUUUCUAUACAUGCAGCACGCUCGCUCCAUCAUCGCCAAUGACCUGGGCCCUGACUCGCCCAAGGGCGCCGUUCAGGAGGAGGGUCAGCGUCGCUGGGCUUCCAUGUCAGCGCAGGAGAAGGAUGGCUGGAACCACGCAUAUCAGUACAACCUUCGUCUGUACCAGGCCCGCAUGGCUUCGUACAAGGCGGGCAACCCUGAUGCCAAGGAUAUGUCUGACGAUGACGCUGCUGCCUAUGCUGAAGCAAACAACAUCCCCAUGCCUACCGGUAAGGACGCCGUGGCUCAGGAUGCCGGCCAGAAUGAUCAGGAUGCGAUCGCUCAGCAGCUUCAGCAGCAAGUCGGCCCCGCCACGGUCAUGGUGCCUGACGACACAAAGACGCCCAAGAAGGCCGCCGGCGGCCGAAAGCGCAAGAGCGAGGUGGGCGAGGCGCUCUCGAACAUGGGCACACCGGUGCAGGCUGGCGCAGCCAGUCCCGAUAAGAAGCGUCGGAGGUCGGGCAAGCAGGCGCCUGCCGAGGCGGUCGAAGAGCCCAAGAAGGGAGGGCGUAAGAAGACUAAGAGUUCCUAG